CCCAUCGCACCAUUCAUUUCUAAUAGGAAAUCAUGACAUUUACUUCUGCCUAGUGAGUUUAUGUUGUGUAAGCAGUACAGAUGCUGCAGUUAUGCUGUACUGGAAACAAUGAACCAGGAAGACACAACUCAGUUAAAACCCAGCUAGAUCUAGUGACUCUUGAUUAAAAUCUUCUGAAGUCAAAGACAAGAAGCAGUACUUUCUGAGCACAGGGAGACACCCACGUCUUUCAUCCACUAUGCCUGGCUGUUCAGAAUUUUACUUCAAUGUGGACCACGGUUAUCUAGAGGGGCUGGUUCGUGGCUUUAAAGCUGGAAUCUUGCAGAACUCUGACUAUGUCAACCUGGCACAAUGUGAAACACUGGAAGAUCUGAAGUUACACUUGCAAACCACAGACUAUGGGAAUUUCUUGGCCAAUGAAACUGGUCCCUUGACUGUUUCUAUUAUUGAUGACAAACUAAAAUCUAAACUACUGGCAGAAUUUCAGUAUUUUCGAAACCAUGCCUUUGAGCCACUUUCUACAUUCCUAAACUUCAUUACGUACAGCUACAUGAUUGACAAUGUAAUUCUGCUCAUUACUGGCACACUGCGCCAACGACCUAUAGAUGAACUGGUUCUGAAGUGCCAUCCCUUGGGCAACUUUGAACAAAUGGAAGCUGUUAGUAUUGCUCCAAAUCCUGCAGAAUUGUUUAAUGCAAUCUUGGUGGACACACCAUUAGCUGAUUUCUUUCAAGACUGUGUAUCUGAAACUGACCUGGAUGAAAUGAACAUUGAAAUCAUGCGCAACAAGCUAUAUAAGUCUUACCUCGAGGCAUUUUAUACUUUCUGCAAAAAACAAGGUGGCAGUACAGCAGAUAUAAUGUGCCCACUUUUGGAGUUUGAAGCAGACCGGCGGGCUUUUAUUAUCACCAUCAAUUCAUUUGGCACUGAACUAAGUAAAGAAGACAGACAGAAGCUCUAUCCAACGUGCGGGAAACUGUAUCCAGAAGGCUUAGAUAUGCUUGCCAACGCGGAGGAUUAUGAGCAAGUGAAGGGCGUUGCAGACUACUACGCUGAAUACAGAGCUUGCUUUGAAGCAAUAGGAGGUGCUUCAGGUGAAAAAACACUAGAAGAUGCUUUUUUUGAAUAUGAGGUCAAAAUGAAUGUGCUAGCCUUCAAUAACCAGUUCCAUUUUGGAGUAUUUUAUGCCUAUGUAAAGCUGAAGGAGCAAGAAAGCAGAAAUGUUGUAUGGAUUGCUGAAUGCAUCUCACAGAGGCACAGAACAAAAAUUAACAAUUACAUUCCAAUUUUCUGAAGUACAGAAAAUUACAGAAGUACAACGGAUAUCAACAUCAUCAUAUAUACCUAGUAAAUUUAAUAUAUCUUCCUUCCAUUCCUAAUCAUUUUGCAGAAAGAAGGCAGGUAUACUUUAUGGCCAUCAAGAAAGAAACAUCUUAGAAAUUAUUCAUAGGGCUAUUCAAGUGAAGAUGCUCAUUCUACAAAUUUGGCAAUUUUGAAUCACAACAGUACUGCAGAUGUCCAAAAAAAAGAUGAUUCUGUGUCCUAAUUGAGAUAGGAUCGUCCUCUAUUUCAGUGUUUCCUUAAACUGGUAUGGAGAACUUGCAAUUUCCCUCCCUCGUGUGCCAAAAUCUGGCAUCAUAUUUGUGCCCAGUGGCUAUAAUUGCUUUUCAUUCCUCCAGAUGCCUUGGAGGCCAGCACCAGGUCAUGGACCACCAUGUUGAGUACACAGCUUUGGUUGAAGCCAUCUUCUCCUUGAAGGGGCCAUUGACCCAGCUUAAAGAUAAAAGACAGACAAGGAACAGCAGAGGCCAUCAAGUUCCUCACUAACAUUUAGUACCUCAACAGUAGCCUGAACAACCAUAUUCAAGCUAAUGGAGGAUCAGUUAUCCCCAUUAUAGCAUAAUGUAUGUUUGUUUAAACUGCAGCCAUUAAUCUGAAAUUGAAUCCAUACAUAUAUUACCAUGUACGAAUUUUAUGUAAACCUAUAGCUUCAUCUGACCUCUCUUUUUUGACAAUGUGUAAGUGGCCUUCCUUUCUGAACUAGCAUUUCAAAAAUUAUGGUACUGUAUCCCCAAAAUGAAUAGCACAACAAAGAUAGCUCAUCUCGAAUACUUGACAAUUUUAAGCAGCUUGUCUGCAGUAGCCCUAUUGUUGAAAGCAGUUUUACUGGCCUCUUUAUAUUCUAUGUGAAGUAACUAUGAAAUGAAAACUCUAAGAGGGAUAAUGUUUUACUCUCUGUUUGGUUAUUGAACACUGUGCUUAACUGACCAAUCAUCAUCAUCAUUUAAAAUGUAUUUAAUGUCUUGCAUAGAAAAGACCACCUACCACCUACUACCUCCUACCACCUACUAUUUGAAUUGUAGAGGGUAAAUACUUCUUUUAAGCUUUAUCGUUUAAUUAAAGUAUGCUCCUCACAUACCAGAUGAAGAGUUUGAGUUAAACAUCAAAACUCCUAGGAUACCAUACUAUUGAAUCAUUAAGGCCAACAAGAAAUUAGAAGAACAAAAACAACUUAUCUACCUAGCAAUUAUAUGUACUUUUAAGAUAUGUUGCAAUAACAGGAGAUCAAAGUUCUCUAGGACUUCGAUAGUGUGUUUGGAUUUUUAAAAGGUGCAAUAAAUGGAUAUGAAGAUAAAUUGUAUUCUAGACAAUCACUGCAAAUCUGUUUGCUUUCAUUCAAUGUCCAAUAAUAAAAUAAUCAAAUGCUUAUUUCUA